AAUGUCCCCCCCAGGGACCCCCUGGCCUGGCCGGACCCCGAUGGCUCCGCCCCCCCUGAGCAGCCCGACAGGCCGGUGAUGGACGAGCCCGAGCGCCGCGGGACAGGACCCCCGGCCGCCCCUCCCCCCCCGCCCCCGGGCCCUCCCCCCCCCCCGGGGCCCCCUCCCCCCCCCGGGCCCCCUCCCCCACCCUCGGGGGUCCCCCCGGCCCCGCCCCUGCCGGGGGUGGGGGGAGGGGCGGGCUCGGAGGGGGGGGGAGGGGCCGGGGGGGGGGGCCCCGGGGGGGUCUCGGGGUUCGCGGCCGCCAUCGCGGGGGCCAAGCUCAGGAAAGUGGGGAAGGACGAGCCCCCGAGCGGGGGCGUGGCCGGGGCUGGGGGCGGGGCUGCCCCUCCCCCUGCCCAAAAAUCGGAGCUUGCCCCCCCCGUGGCGGGGGGGGGGCUGAUGGAGGAGAUGAGCGCCAUGCUGGCCCGCAGGAGAAAAGCCACGGAAGCGCCAAAAAAGGAUGAUGACGUCACCACCGAAGAGGCGGAGCCCGGCGAGAGGAGGGCGGGGCCGGCGCCGGGUGAGCGCGCGGACUCCAACCCCCAGCAUGCACCGCGGUGGGGGCGCGCGGUCCGGGCACGGUGCGGGCGCGCGGGGCACGCUGGGAAGCCCGUCCGGAAGCCGUGGGAAAAAUCCAGCUCCACCUUGCCCAGGAUGAAAUCGGCUGUUCCAGCCCCCCCUGAGCCCCACAGUGAGCUGGACCUGGAGCGGUUCAAACUGGAGCUGCUGGAGGAAUUUCGGCGGGAGCUGCACAAAAUGAAGGAGGAGAUCAUCCAAGUGCUGCUGACGGAGCUGAGGAAGCCAAACAGGCCCUGACCCCUCCCCCCACCAAGCCACGCCCACAAUUUGGGGGGAGGGGAGGGUCGAACCCCUCCCCCUCAACCCCUCCCCCACCCCCAUCUCACCCCCCAUUCACCCUGGGGGAGGGGUCCCCGCGCCCCUCCCCCCACCCCAGGCUGUGCCUUACCCAAAGGGGGAGGGGUUUCAGGCUCCUCCCCCCCUCACUAAUUAAUUAUUAAUUAUUAAUUAGUGCCACACUGUGCCCCUUCCCCCCACAUCACUGUGGGGGAGGGGGGAAAGGGGAGCCCCUCCCCCCACUUUCCCCCUUUCCCCCACCCCCCACUUUGGGGCGUUUUUUAAGUCAGUUUUGGGUUUUUCACUUUAUUUGCACCAAUAAACGGUUUUUUUACAGGAAAUAUUUAAUUAAAAUGUAAAUUUAUUUCUGGGUUCGGGGGGGUGGAGCUUGAAUGGCCACGCCCACAUUCCUCGGAGGAAGCUCCGCCCACUCCACCGAG